UACGGGUACCCGAUUUAGUUUUCAUUUCAAUCACUAAAUAAGAAUGGCUUGCAUCUCGUAAAAAAUUUGCUCCAUGACAAUUUUAGUUUGCAAUUUGGCAUAGUACUGAAUUGUUUUUCAAAAAUUUCCUUCGAAGUUAAAGUUUAUUGUUUAAGUAGGAAUGGAGGAUCAACUAGAGGAGAAGGAUGUACUCGAAAUGGGAACCUGGAACACUGAAUACGAUAUCGCAGAAGAAGAAGAAGAAAGGCUUCUUGAAGAAGAUGAAAUAACAGAAAGAAAGCCUGGAUUUCUCUAUGAAAGUGAACCAAAUUUUUCUGACACUGAAUUUGAAACUCAUGAACUUGAAGAGGAUAUUUUAGAUUUGGGACUUAAUGAAGACAUAAUUGAGUAUGAAGAAGUUACAGCAAGUGGCCAAGAAACUAAUAAAGAACUAAAAACAAACAUACCACAACCUCAGCAAGGACAGCAAGCAUCAUCAACCAGUCAAACUGCCAUAGUUGGGAGCAUAACUACAAAUCAAAGUUAUCAAAAACGGUGUAUUGUGAAAAGUGGACAACCAACAAGCUCCUAUAAAAAUUUGAACUUUAAGCGUCAACCCAAUUUUCCUAUACCUGUCCAGAUGCGGAGUGUGCCUCCCACCAGGAUGAGUUCUCCUGGAUUUUAUAAUCAGAGGCCACUUUUUGAUGGCCCAAAUAGACCAUUGAUAGGAAGAGCUCCAUCAGUCAUGGAUUACCAUGGACCUCGAAGUGGAUUUCCAAGACAUUCAAUGCCAAUCAACUGUGAGCCAUUGUUUGUUCAAGAUUUUCACCAUGGAUUUCCACCACAAAGGUUUCAGCGAUACCCAAUUAAGGAUCACCACUUAGUUAAUCAUCACCCUUUCAUGGAAUAUGAUAGGAACAAUGGUGUCAAUAGACUAUUCAUAAAUCCUCAUUAUCAAGGUUCUGUAACAGUCCAAAAUGGUUGCCCUAAUCGGGUCACUCCUUUGGCAGAGCCCAGGUUAAACUUUUCACAUUCUGACAACGCACCACCACGAAUCGCGUUUCAAGCUCGUCAUCAACGUCCCCCUCCUGGUCCAAGUUUACCGAAUACUUCAAGACCUCCAUCGUUUUCGCCUAUGCGAUUUAUGCAGCCUCCUCAGUCCAAUAUUCCUCCGCCUCGAUUGAAUGGGCCGAUUGAUCAAAUGUCACCCCCUCGUUUCAAACCUGCCCAACCGCAGAAUUUAAUGGAUAUGAUACUACCGGCUCCCUUCGGCGAUGGGCCUUUACGAGCUCCGUACCAUCCUGAGCACCAACGUACCCAAAGAUUUCGGUUUAACUCCUUUGACCCUCCUCAUUCAUACGACCCUAUACAAACCGUGCGUUUCUUGACGCCACUUUCGGCAGCAUCUAAACGUCCUGCUGCAACCGAAGUGCCCGUGAGUGCGCCAGUAAAACAACUGCGACUCGGACCGACAGGCAAUAUACAAGUUGUGCGUACUUUUGCCCAGCGUAGUGGUCCGCUUAACUCGGCAGCUCCCUCAACCGUAGCAAAUGCGUUACCUUCAGCAACCGCUCCUCUCACGCAGAUUCCUCCUCCAAAUAUGAGGGCUCCGCAUCUUCCAACGUCUAUCAGGAAACCUCCGCCACCUGCAAUAAAUGCUCCUUCGUCCAUACCAGUCAUACCAACGACUGGCUCCACCCCUUCGACACCUCAAGCUUCUGUCUUGCCUACACCAGUUGUAUCCGAAUCGUCUCCAGCUAGUGCAAGCACUAAUGUCGUCAAUACCACUGAAGAUAUUUCUCCAGAAAUGAAAGAUUAUCUUGAAAAGAUGGAAGAACAAAGAAAGAAGCGUGAAGAAGUACUAAAAAUGAAAGAGGAAAGGAGACGUCAGAAGUUGGCAUCUAUGGCUGGUAAAGAUGAUAUUUCACCUGUAACAACCCCGACGCAACCUGCAAAGAAUUUACCUGCCAAUCCAUCGUCCACCGUGUCACCGACAACAAAAGUCCCCGAUACCAACAAGCAACCUAACACAAAUAUAAAUCCAUCUCCAUUUUCGAGGUUGGAUGGAGUUCCAUCGAACCCGUCAACAGCAGACCAGACAAUCAAGGAGAACAGUGUCUCCCCCACUUUACGAAAAACGGUGUUAGUUAAGCCUACACCGACAGUGCAGACUUCUGUUCGCGCAAUCCCCCAAGCUGCCGUUGGAGUUAACCGGCGGUAUAAAAUCAUCAUCGUUAAAAAUAAAAGUGGGAAAAUCCUCGAAAAAAGAAGAGUUCCAAUUGAUGAGCCCCCACCUGGUAGUAAUCAUGAAAGCCCUUUUAGUCAGGUGAUUCCCACCUCUCUACCUUCCUCGUUACCUCAGCAUUCGACCCGCAUCAGUGAAACGGUAACCAUCGAAAAUUUAAAUACAAAUGCCACCGAAGAAUACGUGUGGAAAUUGUGUCAGACGUUUGGAUCUGUUCAAGAGGUUUACCCUAAGUUGCAGGAAGGCAAAGCUAUCGUGCGAUUCUCUUCUUCUGCCGGAGCCAAAAAUUUUCUUACUAACCACAACACUCCUGGGAUCUGUGUGCGUUUCCUGUGAUCUGUUUCAAUGAAGCUUUUCGUUCUAUUGGCGUCACAAACUUUCUCCGUGUUAAUAGAAGACAUGUUAAGUGUCUUCCAUCACUUCACCUCUGCUUUGGUGUUUCAACGGUGUGCUGUCGAUUAUCGAAUUAGUUGCUCGUUGACAUUGACAUCAGCAAAUCAAGAAAUCAACCUUUGUUUUGUGUUAAGAAAAAAAUAUAUAAAACUGAACUUUA